AUAUAAUGAUAUGGCACAACAGAAGUCUAGAGUAGAAAACCAGUUAAAAGAAGAUCAGAAGACAUGGACUCAAGAAAAAAACAAGCUGCAAAAAGACCAUGAAAAACACAAAAAGGAUAUGGAAAAAGCAAAUAAGGCUCUUAAACAGAAAGUGACAGAUAAAGAAGAAGAACUUGUGAAAAAAAGACUUUUGAUGGACGACCUAAAACGAGAAAAAAAAGAAGCUGAAAAACAAAAUGCUAACCAUGAAACGUACAUACAAAAACUCCAUGAACAUAUCAAGAAAACGAAUGAACAGAAAAUGAAAGAUGAAAGCGAACAUAAAACGAAAGUGAAAGACCUCAAUCUCAUAAUUAAGGCAGAAAGUGUUAAUUUCAAUGGAUUAAGUUACCAGUACAAUGAGUUAGUGAAACAAAUUCAGUCAUUACAAGAAAAAAACGGAUCGCUUACAAGAGAAAAACAAGAUCUAUUACUAAGGUUAAGUAAAGUGGCUGGCGCAAACUUGACUUACAACAAUCCAAACAUAGCUGAUCUCAGUGAUGAAAAACGACCAACAAAAUUAGCGGAGGAAUUUUCAGAGUUGUAUGAUAAUGAAUGGACAGACGCGUUUGAAGACUUACAAAUCGAAAAUGAAAAAGAAAAGACCACUUUUAUGCUCGAACUUGUAAUGAAAGCAAGUAAGCUAUGUAGUGAUGUUUCAAGCGAUCAUGGUCAAAAGAUUAAAGACAGUUUGUGUACACUUGUACUUCCAAGCAAGCCAUCAAAAUGUUCAAAAGAAUGCACGGAUGAGGAUAUUAUCCCAGCGACAAUCGCUUCUUUGGAAGAAACAAAUAGUAGCACACCAAAGGUACAGCGCUCUAUUACAAUGUAGUCUCAGUUGCCAUCAAUAUGUAGCUCACCUUAGCACGAAACUAUUGUGAUCACCCUCUUUCAAGCGAAGUCUGCUCUGAAGCAAUCUGGUGGAAGUUAAUGAAACUUGGCUCAGAUAGUCUUAUACCACAAAGUCUAUAAACAUACUGCCGCAAGCAGGCGUAGUACGUCUGUAGUAGGAACCUUGAAAAUCUUCCUUUUUCAUAAACGGUUUCAUAGUAGUUCAACAGAAAUGUUUCUUGUCUGAUCUACCAAUGGUAUUCAAAUUUUUGCGAUCCUUCAACAAACAUGGACAGGCGGUGGUC